AUGGCGGCCAAGAAGUUGGGCAAGAUCGGCAACACGAAGGUGGACGGCAGCUUCAUCAGUGACGGCUUCUCCAACUGGAAAGCGGGUACCGAGAAGUUCCGGAAGCACGACGAAAGCGAGUGCCACAAGGAGGCGGUCGAGCGACUGGUGACGCUUCCCGCCACGACGCGUGACGUGGGAGAGAUGCUGUCAGCGGGGCACGAUAAGGAGAAGGCCGACAACCGGAAGCAGCUGCUGCAAAUUCUACGCAGCAUACGGUUCCUCGCACGCCAGGGCAUCGCGCUACCUGGGCACAACGACGAUGAGGGGAACUUCAUGCAGCUGCUACAACACCACGGGGAGACGGACAGCUCUAUCCUCGCGUGGCUGGAACGGAAGCGGGACAAGUUCGUCGCCCCUGAUCGUUCGUUCGUCCAGAAUGAAAUACUCCAGCUCAUGGCACUGCGCAUCCUCCGUAAAGUGGCCAGCGACAUCAAGACAAACGAGUUCUACACAAUAAUGGCUGACGAGACAACAGACAAGUCCAACCGAGAACAAGUGGUGGUAGUCUUCAGACACGUGGACGAGGACUUAAAUGUACACGAGGACUUUGUUGGGUUUCACCAAGUAAAUUCCAUUGACGCCAAUACACUGACGUCGGUCAUAGAAGACACUCUUAUAAGAAUGAACCUAUCCUUGAGCCAGUGCAGAGGGCAGUGUUAUGACGGGGCCAGCAACAUGACCGGAGCGAAGCGUGGUGUGGCGACCAACAUCUUAGCAAAGGAGGAGCGAGCUGUGUUCACGCACUGCUACGGACAUGCGCUCAAUCUGGCGGUUGGGGACUGUGUACGUCAGUGCAAGCUCUUGCGCGACACCAUGGAUACGGUGCAUGAAGUCUCCAAACUGAUUAAGUAUUCACCAAAGAGGGACAGUACUUUACAGACCCUGAAGGAGGAGAUGAGCCCCGAUACCCCUGGGUUCCGUGUACUGUGCCCCACGAGAUGGACAGUGCGUGCAGCAAGCCUGUGUAGUGUCUUAGACAACUACACUGUGUUACAGACCUUGUGGGACACCUGCUACGAGCAGACCAAAGACUCGGAGAUCCGUUCCAGGAUAGUAGGCGUGCGGUCCCAGAUGGAGAGCUUCGACGCUCCACGUGCACAGGUGUGCUACCGACGCAAUGGACUUGUUAGAUGUUGCCAAUAA